AUGAGCGAAUCCGGCGCCAAAUCCAGCCAGCCCCUGGCCUCCAAGGGAGAGAAGGACGUGUCGGAGAAGAGGGGCCGGGGGCGGCCCAGGAAGAAGCCGCAGGUAUCGACCCCUCCUCUGCUCUCCCUCCAGCAGGAGCCCAGCGAGGCCCCGACCCCCAAGAGACCCCGCGGACGGCCGAAGGGCAGUAAAAACAAGGCCACCCCGAAAGGCAGGAAAGCUGCAGUCACACCAGGGAGAAAACCUCGAGGCCGACCCAAAAAAUCGCAGGACGAAGAGGAGGUGAACAUUUCCCAGGAAUCAUCUGAGGAGGAGCAGUGA